UUCGAACCUUUUGAAGAUUUUCCUGACUUUUUAUCGCUAGCCAUGUUAGGAACUCUGCAUUACUUUUCACUGCGUACGCGAAAUUCACUACAAUUCACUGAUUCUCACACCGGCCUUUCUAGAUUCUACUGAAGAUCGAUGUCGUUGAUACCGACUUGCGGGACCGACUGGUCCUUGCAGUUGUUGCUAGCUGUGAUACCGAUACGCGCGUUGUUCCUCACGGAACGGCAACGCGAAUGUUUGGCCACGCUUCAGUGCGACCAGACUCUUAUCCCCAGCCACGAGAUCGACUUGCUUCGACGGAACGUAACAAAUCCUCCAAGCGAAGAAGAUGAAAAGUUAAUGAGACACGUGUGCGGGGCGUUCGCCACGAACGCGUUCGAAACGGUCAGCGUCCAAGACAAGGACCAUUCAUCAAGUUUGCGUGGACUCUAUCCGAUGGGGGCAUUGCAGAAUCACUGUUGCGUACCGAAUACGAGACACCACUUCGACGAUGAACAGAGGCUGUAUGUUAACGCUGCGCUUCCAAUUUCUGCUGGAGAGGAGCUCACCAUGUCCUAUACCAGUUUAUUUUGGGAUACGACGCUGCGAAGACCUUUCUUGAGCCUCACCAAACACUUCUCCUGCGAGUGCAAGAGAUGCACCGAUCCUACGGAAUUCGGAACUAGAUUAGGAGCGCUCUUUUGUGCAUCCGAUGAUUGUUUCGGACACCUGUUACCGCGAGAUCCUCUUAAAAUGGGAUCUCCCUGGAUAUGCGACAAGUGCUCGAUGUCUAUAAACAACCGACAGAUACGUUCCAUUCGUUCAGGUUUGGCAGCUAUACUGGAAGAAGCUUUGUACAAACCACCGCGACAAAUUUACAAGUUUAUGCAAAAGGAACUUUCAUCCGUGAUUCCUUCUAAUAAUUAUCUCUUAAUGGAUUUGAAGUUUCGAAUUAUAUCAUACUAUGGCAGGACUGAGAAUCUCGAGUGGGCAGAUUUAACUGAUGCCGAACUCGAUCUAAAGUGGAGAUAUUGCAACGAUUUACUCUCUGUCUUAGACCUUUUGAACUGUGGAGACUGUAAAAAAAGAGGUCUGAUUUUGUAUGAAUUGUAUUGUACAAACGUUGAAAAGAUGAAACGACUUCGGCAACAGCAAAAUAUAAAAAAUGAAGAUGCACAUUGUUCUAUACAGAAUGAUGGAAACGAGCGUCUAUUAGAGAAAGCGAUGACUAUAUUACAGAAUGAUGUUGUCGCAGUUGCUGUUUUCGAAUACGACAAAAGAUUUUUUAAUUAACACUAACUGCUAGCUGAAAAAUGUUAUAAAGGAAAUAGUUAAUUUUUAGUAAAGUAAAAUCCAUCUCUUCGUAUUAUAAACCUAUACUUAUAUUAUUAUUAUUAUUAUUAUUAUUGUCUAUAAAUAGUUUGUAAAUGUACACAAAAUUCAAUUCGUAAAAUAUUUGAUAAAAAUAAAAAUUACUCAAGUUAUAAGUUCAUAAUAUAAGGAUACUAAAAAAACGAUGUUUAUAGAAAAAAUAUAAGAAAGCAUACCAAAUUUUCAAAAAUAAACGUCUUUUUUUUUAAUUUAACCAUCUAGGAUUAAGCAGGAUUAAGAUA